AAACGCCUAUUCGCCUUUAGCUUCGAUUCCAUUGUCGCCGGCGACGUCUCUCCGUCUCGCUUUCUGAUCUUCCACAGUUAACGGGAGUGCUUAGUUGAAUCAUUAUUUGGAAAAUAUGCGACUUCAGAGCCUUCAUUACAGUUCAACCUGGUUGCAACUCAAUUCCUCCGAUAGAGUACUCAACUCUUCAAUUUACACAUCACCCAGGAAGCAGAAGUUUGUGGCAGCAUCUUCAUCUAGCUCAAAACCUCAACAACUAUCAAUCAAGUGCAAUGUGAAGUUUCGCCCUUGCAUUGAUAUACAUAAGGGGAAAGUAAAGCAAAUUGUCGGAUCUACCCUUUCAGACUUAAAGGAAAGUGAUUCAAGUCUAGUAACCAAUUUUGAAUCAGAUAAAUCAGCUGCAGAAUAUGCCACCCUUUACAAAGAAGAUGGAUUACAAGGAGGUCAUGUAAUCAUGCUUGGAGCUGACCCUUUGAGCAAUAAAUCAGCCAUUGAAGCACUACACGCUUACCCUGGUGGUUUGCAAGUAGGAGGUGGUAUUAAUUCAGGAAAUGCCUUGAGUUACAUAGAGAAAGGAGCCAGCCACAUCAUCAUCACAUCCUAUGUAUUCAACAAUGGAAAAAUGGAUCUUGAGAGGCUUAAAGGACUUGUUGACAUUGUUGGAAAAGAAAGGCUUGUCUUGGACCUUAGUUGCAGGAAGAAGGAUGGUAGAUAUGCGAUUGUGACAGAUAGAUGGCAGAAAUUUAGCGAUGUGUUUCUUGAUGAGAUGACAUUGAAUUUUCUUUCGGCUUAUGCUGAUGAGUUUCUUGUACAUGGUGUUGAUGUUGAAGGGAAAAAAUUGGGAAUCGAUGAAGAGCUUGUAACACUGCUUGGGAAAUACUCACCAAUUCCAGUUACAUAUGCUGGUGGGGGUGACAGUGAUGGAGGAUUUGGAGAGGAUAAAAGUAGCAGGAAUGGGACGUGUGGAUGUUACAGUGGGGAGUGCUUUGGAUAUUUUUGGUGGUGAUUUGGGUUAUAAGGAUGUUGUAGCUUGGCAUUCCCAGCAAGAGGCACUCACAGUGUAGUUUCUUUUGUGUAUUUUUUUUUAAUCGAAGAAUAGAGGAUGCCGAUUUUGAAUGCGACUCUCUCUGUUGUAGUUGUAACUCAAUAUAUUAAUAAUUUGCAUGACAUUUGAAACGUUAUUUGGUGGGUUGAAUUUGAUGAAAUUGAAAUACAGUAAAAC